AUGGCCACGAAGAACACGGAGUUGUGCCUAAUAAUCGAUCAGAAUGGCGCGCGCAAGUCGAACGGCGCAGGAUGGGUUGGUCACCAAAGGGACAGUCUCAAACCCACACGUCCAUCGUAUUCCUUUGGGCUCGGCACGAGAGGCGCUCGAGAGAAGCUGUUCAUUUCUAAGGAGCACGAGAAACUCAUGCCCCCGAGGUGCUCCCCAGGGCCUGUGUAUCGUGUAGAGAGCCAGAUUGAGGACCACAGUUAUACCUUCAGUACAGCCGCACAACGACCCUCUCAGAAGAAGCGUUAUCCAGAUUCUUCAGUCGAUUUGACUAACGCCUUGGUAGACUCCCAACCCCUCAAAUAUCCGACGGUUAAAGGAACCAUCUUCGGUACAGACCCCAAAGGGCAUAUCAAGAAUGCUACUAUAUUGAAGAAUCAUGCUUCUGCUUUCUAUGGGAGGAUAUCUCCUGGACCCACGGCCUAUAGCCCUGAUGACAAGCAGACUAGUCGGACACCACGGGCCCCUCGCGCUAUACUAGGGUCCAAAACUAAGAUACUGGCUUCAGAGUGCCAAACGCCAGCAGUAGUAGGCCCUGGAACAUACCCUUCGCCGACGAGCAUGGGAACACAGCAUCUCAGUCAGAAGUGGGAUCGGGCACAUCGACGCAACCUAUCAUCAUACACCUUCAGUAAGGCUCGGAGGGCUGGAGAACGCAGUAAGAAAAGCUCUGUUGAUACCAUGGACAGAGUAGAUUCCACAAGCCGGGGUGCCAUCAGCAGUAUCGGUGAGCAGCACGAUUCGCGUAUUGCGACUGCGCCCAAGUUCGGCUUUGGUACGGCUACUCGGGAUCACAAGGCGAAGACAUUCCUAGUCCGAAUCCCGGGUGACACUGGACCAUCGGAUAGUUGGGCCAAACCAAGUGUGGGUUGUUGGACCUCCCACCCUAACCAGAGGAGAUUCAUGGCAGCAAGGGCUACUACUCCCAAUCCCUUGCUCAACGAUGACAACUAUGAUAUAGAAUUGCCACCCGCGAUAAAGGGCAAAGUGAAAAUACUGCGCAUCUGCAUGGGAAUCUGUGCCUUCAUGAUGCUCGCAUGUAAACAUCUCAGCUCGAGUGCAUUUUCGGAGUUCCUCACGUGCAAAAUGCAUAUAUCCCAUUGUGCUAUGUAUGCCGUUUUUGCCGGUCUCAACGCAUUUUUCGAUUUCAUCGAGUUACUCCUCCGGGCAAUUGGCACAGACCGUAAGCCUUCUAGGCUUUUCGCCACAGGCGUUGAAGUGGGUCAAGGGCUCUCCAGCGGUUAA